GACAUUAGCCGUUGAUUUGUGCGGUUUUAGUAAUAGCAUACACUCUGUUGUUUUACUGCAUUUUUGCUCAUUUCCGUACGAUUUAUAUGUUUCACACGGUUCUUGGUAGUAAUAUUAGUAUACGUUUGCUUUACAGUUUUCUCGAAAUGUGAGAGGUUGAAAACAAAAACAAGAAAAAUUAUCAAAGAAGAAACGAAAGAAGAAGAAGAAGAAGAAGAAGCAGAGGCAACAGCAGGCAGCAAGCAGCAGCAGCGACCGAACCGAACUAGAAAGAAAGGAAAGAGAGAGAAAAGAAGAAAAAGAAGAAGAAGAAGAAGAAGGAGAAGAGAAAAAGCACACACGAAGAACUGUAUAUGCUUGAUUCGAGUUUUUAGUUCACAUUCGAAUACCGUCAGAAGCGGGAGCUACUUAUGCUUAUGCCGAAAAAAACAUAGAAGCAAAUCACUCGAUAUUUAUUAAUCAAAAAUCGUGUAUAUUUUUUUUGGUGUUAUUUGUUGUUUUUGACACAGAGAAUCAAUUGUGAAAAAUCAGCAUAUUGUUUUUGUUUUUACUCCAGCAUCAAACUAUUUUCACCAUCUUCACAUAAUUGCUGGUUGUGUUCCACAUCGUGGUCAACGGACAAAGGCACAGUUAAAGUAAAAAUUAUAGACUCAUUUAGCAACAAUACACCACCAUCACCACCACCAGCAGCAGAAGCAGAAGCAGAAACAAUAACAACAGCGUUGCGAGAGAGAAAAAAAGAGAAAAAAAUAACAAUAGAUCCAGACAAAGAAAUAAACAGCGCGCGAAAAAGAAAAUGAAAAACGUAUCAAAACUGUUACUGGUGAUGCACAGCAAAUAAAGAGACUGACGAGUGAGUACAACGGAAAAAGAAAGAAAGAAAAAAAAAACAUUUGCGCGGGGAACCUAGCCAAGAAAGAGAGAGAGAGAGAAACUUUGGCAUUUCAAUAAAAGAGCAAGAAAUAAAAAUUAGCUGAAUUCGCAAUCGCAAAUUUGCAAAUAAUCCAACAAAAGGAAAAGUAAGAAAUAAAAAAAAACGGGAAGAAAACACUCGCACCGCAAAGACAGAGAGACGAAAUAAAAAGCACGAGACAAAAGUCGUUAAAAGCCGAGAGAUAUAGAGUAUAAUGAGAGAAAGUAUCUAUCUUAUAUGGAGCAUAGUCAGCACUAUUAAAGACUUGAAAUUUUGAGUGCGAAAUUUUUGUGUGCUACAUUUCGAUAACACAACCAACCAACGAACGGACGAAAUAGUUUUUUUUUUUUAUUUAAUCGAGAAAAUUCAAACGAAUUUAUCAAAAUUACUGAUCGACAGCAACUAUUCAGCGCCAUCACAACAUCACCUAUUGUUUUCUACCUUGUUACUUGUUUUGUUGUUGUCAAUUAAUACAGUUCGCGAAAAAAAACCACCAAACAGAUUGACUCUAUGCGGAACUUAUAUUACAUAUACAAAAGUGUAUCAAAUUAAACCGUACAUCCUGUUGCAGCAGUACACGUUCCGAAAUAUUUGUACAGAGCAAAAAACGCGUAUAACCGUAGUAAAAGUGCAAGCUAUCGUUCGAUACGACUUGCGCAACUGAUACAUAUAUAUUGCAUAUACAUAUAACGGUGCCACAGGUAAUGAAAAUUACUGCACGCGCACACAGUCGAUGGUGACACAAAACAGAUUAAAAAAAAAAAACAACCCAACGAAACGUAAAAAAAAAAACCUGGAGAGUGACAAAAAAAAAUUGUUCAUCAACUGACAAGAUCAACGACAUGUGAUGAUAAACAAUAUAAAUUGUAGCAAAAAAAGCAACAUUAUCUAUUUGGUUUCUGUAGUGAGCGUUUCAUAACUUUGUGUGUGUUCUUAAAAGAUUCAAAUCAUUUUUUUUUUAUACUUCGACAGCAUCUGGGCAAAGAGAGAAAAAAAAACUAUAACAAACGAUUAAGCAAUAUAAACAAUAUUAACCUCAAUUGUUUUUCUGUUUCAAUUUGGUUCCGAAAUCAGAUAUGCAAACGGAAUAACCGUCAUAUUUCGCCCACGAUAAUUAUACAUUCGACCAAAAUAGAAAUUUGUGUGUGCAACGAUAAAAGAAAACUGAUAGGCAAAAGAUAAAUCUUUUGAUUGAUAACCAGAAGAAAAAAAUUAUUUUAAAUUCCAAGACCAGCCACAACAAAAUUCCAAAAUUAAUAAUUAAUGUGAUGUUUUCUUGAAAUAAAACGAAAACCAAGUUACGCAUUCAUUACAACACGAACUUGAGCGCACAGCGGACAAAGUAAUAAUAACAUAAGAAAAAUAUACGUAAUAUAUUGUUUUGCGGCACAUGAAAAAGAAGCAUCGAAGACAUUCCAAACCUGUCACAUCGCAUGAAUAAACAGCAAAGAAAAGAGCAAACCAAGAAGAAGAAAAUUCAUCGAGUGUGUUGUGAUUAUGACAAUUAGGUAAAAAAAACUGAAGAAGUAAGAAGAAUUAAACCGGUAAAAAAAGGUCAUCUGGCUCUCUCACUGGCAUUUGAGAAUCAAAACAAUUGACUCAAAAGUUAUCUGAUAUCUGGAACGAAAUUCUGUUUCUGUUUCUUUUUUGCUUCGUCGAUUACAACGACUACAACGACGACGAUAUCAAAAGAAAAGAAAAAUUAAGUAAAACCACAAUUCAUCGCAUGAACUUAUCGAAUUUGGAACGUGAACGAAUCAACUUCAAACUGGACUAUAACAUCAAUAUGGACGGCCUAUACGACAUGGAAAACGAUUUAUGGGAUUCAGAUUUUGAUCCGGCAAUGGAAGAGGCUCUGAAGCUAUCCACCGAUUCCGAUAUGAUUGAAUGGUCAUUUUUGGACCGUGAUCCAAAAUCCGCCGUCAUCUACCAGGAUAAAUUGAUGACUGACGCACUGUACGGUGGUCAGCCCAUUAAAACGGAGCAUUCGUACAGCCUCAAUUCGGACGGUGAUUCAAUUCCAGACUCACCGCGUAGUCUUCAAAAUAAGAUCGAUGAAAUGGAUGAGGAUUAUGAAAUGAUAAACACAAAUGUGCUUUCGACGAAAUUGUCAGCAACGAAACAAAUCAACAACAACGAUACCAACCUCCUCAACCAUAAUACGUUGAAUACAUCGCUAAAGUGUAUUAAAAAUUCAAUGCUUCUGCCGGCCAACAGUCAAUCGACCAACAACAAUAAUUUCAUUGUGACAACCAGUGCCAGCACAAUGGCCGAUUUCAACAGCAUCAACACCAUUAACAGCCUGAACACAAAUGAUUUGCUUCAAACCAGAUUGGCAUUUACCUCACCGAAACUCGAGAACAAUCGCACCGCAAUCGAAAACACUAUUGCCGUUGAAUGCUAUGAAACGGACACAGUGGAUGGUUCAAUCAAAGAGGAACCAUUAUCGCCGGAUUCAAGUUGCCCGCCAUCACCGAUCGCAUCCACCUCAUCAACCGGAAGCAUUCUCGAUGGUUCCAGUCAUAUUAUUGUUACGCAACCAACGCAGCAAACCAAUGCCCAAUCACAGUUUGGCACGAUCAAUGUGAAUUUGGCCAAUGUUGCCACAUACACAAACACAGAUCUUGUAUUCGAACAUAAUACGAAUGGUUCGUUGCAAUUAUCACCAGUCUCACACAGUUUACUGAAAAACCAGCAAAUCAUCUUGAAUGGCACCCAGCAAAGAAUCGUUGUUCCAAAACUAAAUAUCCGAAUGGAUGGCCAACAAACACAAGGAUUUGGUUUACCUCCAACACCACCAUCGUCAUUAUCAAGCGAUGAUUCCGAAGAUAAUCAAAGUGCUGAAAUACACACAAUCCCCUCGUCACCAGCCUCAAGUCUAUCCUCAUUCUCACCAAACAGCUCACAGGCCCAACAGCAAACCGUGAAAAACGGCAAUCAAUCGGCUAACGGUGGAUCACCGAAUAGCUCACGUGGCUACACUACCUCCAGCUCACGUCAACCAAUUCACACACCGCUAAUCAGCAACCAACCGAAAGGGUCGACGGGCCAACUCGAACUAACCGAAGAAGAGAAACGAACCCUAAUUGCUGAGGGUUAUCCCAUUCCAACCAGACUUCCCUUGACAAAGUCGGAAGAAAAAUCACUCAAGAAAAUCCGAAGGAAAAUCAAGAACAAGAUUUCAGCACAGGAAAGCCGACGAAAGAAGAAGGAGUACAUGGACAAGCUGGAGCGUCAAGUUGAGCUGCUUGUGUCCGAAAAGACCAGCCAUUUGAAGCGCAUCGAAAUGCUCGAAGAAAUGAAUGCAAAUCUCACGAAUCAAUUGGCCAAAUAUCAAGCGAUGAUCAAUCGUCCAGCAGCAAAUGCAAAGCGAACAUAAACAGAUAAAAUUCACAACCUGCAUACGCCAAUACGCCCGCCAAACCAACUUGAUUCAGGUCAACAUAACAACAACAACAACAACGAAAAAAAAUAUAGUGUCUAGCGAUUGGAUAUUAGCAAAUUCUUAGUAGUGCUAGGCAAGUUAAUUACAAAACUUAAGCUCACUCAUUCAAGAAAAGAAAUGAAAAAAAAAACAAUAAGUAUGCGCUGGUGAAUGUUAUGAUUCACAUAACAUCAACUUACAAAGAAAAAAGCGUCCAUCAUCAAAAAUAAGAUCGUCUUCUAAUUUUUAAAAAUGUGUUUUUAACAUUAAUGUUAUUGCGUUAAUUGUAAGUGUAUGAAAAGCCUAUUUUUUAUUGCAAUUUAGUAGUAUAUUUUGAGUCAUUUUUCAAACUAUAUAUUUGAUGGUAUACAUAUAUAGAAUUGUUGAUCAUAGACACAUUUUUAUUCCAAGAAAAUGACAAAAUAGAGAAAAAAAGAGAGAAAAAAACGAAACAAAAAUUCAAUUUCUAUUUACAAAAUGACAACGUAUGUAUUUUUUGUUCGCUGAAAGUUACCGAAUAUUCGAUUACGAAUGAAUAAAAAAAAAUUGUUGGAAAUAUUCGAGGAAGAAAUGUUUUGAAUGGAAUACAAUUUGCAAUGAUCAAUGACAUGAUAAAAUUAGAACGAUAAUCAAACAAAAUUACCUUAUUGAAAAAUGUUUUCUAUCCAAAGCAGGGGACGAGAAAUUCUGUUCACUUUUUAGUGUCUGUUACUUUCCCUAUUUUCUUUAGUGUCUGUAGUUUUCUUGACAAAGUUAUUCCGUUUUCCGUACGAUUUAAUAUUUGAUUUGAUGAGCUUCAUUCCGAUAGAGAAAAAAAAAUGUGCAAGAGAAGCGCUUUUGGCGAGAGACAGGUGCCUGUCAUCGAGAUGGAAAACGUACGUUUUGUGCAAUACACAUUCCAUUUAAAUUAUACAAAAAACACGCGGACGCAUCUCUUCGAUCAUUUGGAUAGUAAAUAUUGUAUUAAAUUUGUGCAAAAAAGGGGAAAAAAGAAAAAAAGGAGAGAGAGAGAGAGAGAGAGAGAGAGAGAGAGAGAGAGAGAGAGAGAAAGAGAAUAGAAACAAAACAAUAAUUGUUUAUUGUUAACCGAAUCGAUGAACGUCUCAAUCGUUCGGAUUCGAAACCAUUUAUUUACGUAAUGCAAUCGUCAACAGAUAAAUCUAUAUAUUUUAAAUUAUUAAAAACAUUACAAUCGUAAGCGCUGGAGAAAACAAUUCGAAAUGAAUUAUCUUGUAGCAUUUAAUGACCAAAAUGGUGCAUAGUUUGUCAAGUCUUCUAAAGUCGAUUUAAAUAUCUAGUUAUCGUUUUGUUAUUAUAUUCUAAUAUGCAUCUUAUUCCAUUUAUAAUUCUUUGUUCGCUAAGAUAUUAUGAAACGAAACAAAAGUAUUUAACUAAAGACAAACACUUGGAUGAAAAUGCAAAGUGUAAAAUUGCAACUGAAUGAAAAGUCCAAUUGUUUUUCCAGUCAAUCAAUUUUGUACUGUCGAUCGAUUCUCUUUGUUAAUUCUCCAAGUGAAUUGUAAUCUCGAUCGAUCCAUUUCAUGGGGAAAGAAACUAAAAAGUAAUAUCUUGACAUUGUAUGAUUGAAAAUCAUCGAUUUACGAAUGUUAUCCCAUUACGUACUGACUGUUCAAUUUGAUGACACAACCAGCGACACAUGGUGUUGUGUGCAUUGUACUAUUUCAACACUUGAGGCUUAACACAUGAAUUUGCCAAAUAGCUGUAAAUGUAUUUUGUUGCUUACUGAACACAUGAAGAGUAUAUUGAUUUAGUCACAUAUUAGAUCAUAAUGAAUAGCGUUAAUUGUUCAAUUUAAAUUGAAAGCAUAAAAAAAAACACAGAAAAGAAAUCAACGCAACUGUAGAGUGUAAGAUGAUCUAUUGUAUUUAGUAAUAGCGUCGGUAACUUUUAUUCAUUCAGUUGAUGCUCACGACAUUUGGCCCAAUCGAAAAUGACGAUGGACGACCAAUGAUAUACAGACUGGCGAUUUUUAUACACAUUUCACACAAAAUUACUCUCAGUUUUGUGCUUGAAACGGUUUUACACCGCUUUUGGCCACAAUCAGGAUUUGAGUAAAAUGGGUGCCAUCCAGAAUUUUGUCUCAAUCGUUUUCAAGAAAGAAAAAAGUUGGAAACGAAAAAGUGAAAUCAAUCAGUGAGAUAUCUCAAUGGAUUAAGUGACAUGAUUGCCAACGAUCAAUGCAUGUGGCUUGAGUCUGUAAUACGUCUGAAGAGAGAGAUAUAUAAAUUGAAUGAGCAGGCGUGAUAAUGUGCAAAUCUAACAAGACUAAGUAUUAAAAGUUCAAUGUUCAAUUGAAAAUGUGGUAAAAACGGUUUUUUUUUCUGCGUAACAUGCAUUUUUGUUAGCUCAUAAACUGAAAUAUGCGCAUUUUUUUUUGUCUUUCGGUUUGAUGUGCGCCUUAAGCGAAACAUUAAAUUUUUGAACAGGUUCACCAGCAGUGCUGAUAUUAUGUAUGUGCAAAACAACAACCGAAUAUAUUCAAUUUUAAAAACAAUUUCAUACAAAAUGUGUGUGCCUUUAUACCGUCAUUUUUGUGACAGAAAUACGAAAAAAAAAACGAAGAACCAAAACAAGGCUUAAAAACAAAUGUAGAAACAGAAAAAAACACAACAAGACAAAUUUUUGGAACGAGUGACUUCCACUGAAAUGUUCAACCUCUUAUUUGUACACGUGAAUAAAUCAACUGAAUUUCUUCAAAUGUUAGAUCUAGGCAAUUUAAGACAGAAAUUAGUAUAAACAUAUAUUUUUUUAACAAAUAAAGAGAAAGAGAAAAAAAAAACAAUUUAAACAAGCAAAACAUUAAAGGCCACUCGAUUGGAUGAAUCACAAUUUUUCGUCCAAUUGAAAUGGCUUUUUUGGCUAAGCAUUUACAAUUUAACCGUAAGAGCGUAAGGUUUAACUGUUAAGAUAUAUAUUAUUACUUCAAAAGUGAAUGAAAUAAAAACGGGAUUCAAAUUAAGUCAUCUCAAUAGAUCAUGAAAGCGCAAAAAAAAACAAUAAAUAUUCUUAUAUUUGAAUGAUGUGAACAAAUCAAUCGGGAUUUAUAAAAUGAACUGACAAUCUUACAAAGGAGAAGAAGAGAAAAAACACAAUGUCUCAUUGAUUUGCAUUUAUCCGAAAUUGUGUCGACAAUCAGCAUGAUCAUGGUAUAUCUCGGUGACUGAACAUUUUGAAUUGUUUCACAUUGAAUCUGGUCACUGGAUAUAUAGUAGCUGCUUAGGUGCAAAAUGUUAGAUAAGAUAUGAACGCUUGCUCACUAUUUACCACUGUUGAAUCAUGUUUCAUUCCCAAACAAUCGAAAAUUGAAAAAUUGCAAAAAUGAAAUCAAACUAUUGAAGAUAAGAAAAAGAGAAAAAGAAAAAGAAAAACAACAUAAGACAACAUACAAAAAAAAUCGUAAUCAAAAAUUGAAAGAAAAAAAAAAACAAAAUAGAAAAAUGCAACAUUAUCCGAACUGGAACGAUGUUUCGGAAAUUAAUAACAGCAUAUUUAUAAAAUAAUCAAAUAAAAAUGUAUACAUUUCAA